AUGGCGCUGGCGUCUUUGUCCAAGGUGGUGCUGGGGUCGGCGGCGUUCGGGGUGUUCUGGGUGCUGGCCGUGUUCCCGUCGGUGCCUUUCCUGCCGAUCGGCCGCACGGCGGGUGCGCUGCUGGGGGCGGCGCUGAUGGUCGUCUUCCACGUGAUCAGCCCGGAUGACGCCUACGCCUCCGUGGACCUCCCCAUCCUGGGCCUCCUCUUUGCCACCAUGGUCGUCGGCGGCUACCUCAAGAGCGCCGGCAUGUUCGGGCACCUUGGCCGGCUGCUGGCGUGGCGGAGCCAGGGCGGGCGCGACCUGCUUUGCCGCGUCUGCGUCGUCACGGCCCUCGCCAGCGCGCUCUUCACCAACGACACCUGCUGCGUCGUGCUCGAGCUCGCCGCCGAGCGCAACCUCCCCGCGAAGCCGUUCCUGCUGGCGCUGGCCACCAGCGCCAAUAUCGGGUCCAGCGCCACGCCCAUCGGGAACCCGCAGAACCUGGUCAUCGCCUUCAACAGCAAGAUCUCUUUCGUGGGCUUCUUCCUCGGCAUCCUGCCGGCCAUGCUCGCAGGUAUGGCCGUCAACAUGGUCAUGCUGCUCUGCAUGUACUGGAAGGACCUCGAGGGGAGCAGUCCCGACGAGGUGGCCGCCGAGAAGGAGAUGGCGGCCGUCGAGGAGGGUCGCCUGCCGUCCCCGGCAACGUCGACGACGCUCAAGGGCCCCGGCCAGACGAUGCUGGUCCAGUCGUCAUCGCUGGUCGCCGCCGCCGGCCACGACUCGGUAAUGAUGGAGAGCAUCUCGACCAAGCACCGGUGGUUCAUACAGUGCUCGGCGCCGCAGCGGAGGCUGUUCCUCAAGAGCUUCGCGUACAUCGUGACCGCCGGCAUGCUGGUCGCCUACAUGCUCGGGCUCAACAUGUCGUGGACGGCCAUCACCACCGCCGUCGCGCUCAUCGUGGUGGACUUCCGCGACGCGGAGCUCUGCCUCGGCAAGGUGUCUUACUCGCUGCUGGUUUUCUUCACGGGGAUGUUCGUGACGGUGAGCGGGUUCAAUAAGACGGGGCUCCCUGGCGCCAUCUGGAACGUCAUGGAGCCAUACUCCAAGAUCAACCACGUCAGGGGCAUCACCGUGCUCUCCCUCAUCGUCAUCAUCCUCUCCAACCUAGCCUCCAACGUACCAACCGUGCUCCUGAUGGGUGACGAGGUGGCGGCGUCGGCAGCGACGAUCUCGGCGGCGGCGGUGACACGGUCGUGGCUGCUGCUGGCGUGGGUGAGCACGGUGGCGGGUAACCUGUCCCUGCUGGGGUCGGCGGCGAACCUCAUCGUGUGCGAGCAGGCACGCCGGGCGCCGCGCAACGCACACGACCUCACCUUCUGGAGCCACGUCGUCUUCGGCGCGCCGUCCACGCUCGUUGUCACCGCCGUCGGCAUACCACUCAUCGGCAUCAUCAACGCUGCCUAG